ACCCCAAAGCAAAUGUAACAAGCACACACAGUUUGAAAAUAUAGCAUACUUGAUGUAUUUUCUACUGAUAUUUUCCUAUAAAUAAGAUUAGUUUCGCUACAUUUUCAAUAUUUUAACCUAUACUUGUGUAUUUUCUGUGAUAUUUUGAUUUAGCUGUCUAUGAGUCACAAUGCCUUUGCCCAUUCAGAGGUGCUUCUUCAUCUUCAGUCUUCGACAAGGCACAAUGCUGAUUGCUGUUGUCCAGCUGCUGCUCUCUGCCAUUGGACUGUUCCUGCUGCUGCUGGGUAGCGCUCAUGCACAGGAAAUGGCUACAAUGCUAGAAGCUGACAUAGAAGACUCGGCUCAGCGAGAGGGAAUUGUCCUCUCAUCAGAGGACAGUGGAUUAUUUGGCUCGGAAGUAAUGAUCAACUCAUUCAACCAAAAUGACAUACGGCUCCAUAAAGCGCAACAUCUUGCGAUUGUGGUUAUCAUCACUCUCUACACUGGAGUAGCCAUGACUACAGUUCUCUUGUUCUCCUGCAUUUUAUUGCUCUAUGGAGCUAUAAUGCACGUCAGACAACUACUGGUUCCAUGGAUCAGCGUAGUUCUGCUGGGCCUUGUAUUCUGCUGCACAGCUAUGCUGGUCUCCAUGUUCUUGGCUCAUGGUACGAGGGCCUUCAUCAUACUGGUAGUGGGCAGUCUACAUCUUGCGCUGGGAUUCUACCUGUGGCUGGUUGUCUAUUCCCACUACAGAGAGCUCUGCGAGUUUGAUAGAGUCACUUGCAGUACAUCUCAUCACACCCUCAAACUGGGCUACCUUCACUUCCCUGACAGUGUCUAACUUCCUCUGUACAUUUAUCUAACUCCUUAUGAAUAUUACCAAAACACCCCAGGCCCCUAUACCCCUAAAGAUCUUUCUGAGCAUCUUACUUCAACCUUUAAGUUUCUCUAACGGCUGAACGAUUGUCCUGAAAGUCCCCUUUUAAUGAGUUAACUGGUCAGUCUAAAUAAUGAUAUAAUACUUUUCCUAAAUACCCGACCUCCAUAUUUGCUUGCUGAUUACUGUAAAAUACUGUCAUUCCUAUUUUCACUCUACAUCUAUAAAAAAAAAACCGCCGCAGCAAACCUGCCGACUAAGCGAAUUUCCAUUUGUCGGAAUUGAUUUUCAAUUAAAUCUAUUUAAAUAACAUUAGUUUUAACAAGUACCUAGGUUUGCUGCUACAAGGAAAACUAAUAAAGUGUGUUUUUUAGUCAAAUAUAAAUAGCUUAGUAUACAGUAAAUAAAUUUGCCAAGUUUGAUCAAAAAAUAUCCAUAAACAAGCAAACUACAUUUUACAAUAUUCUGUAUUUUUGUUAAAAAAUGUCAACAUGACUAUGACCUUAGUGUAGAAAGAAGUCGUUGAUAAUUAAAAUUAGUUUAAAGGGUACUAAUGUUUUUAAAUAUAUAUAUAUAUAUAUAUAUAAAUUUGAACGAAUGGUGUUUUUAGCCUCUGGGGACAUCAAAAUGAAAAAAGUAUAUUGGUCCCGGGCCUAGGUCUUACCAUGGCCACCUACGGUAAUAGCUACUUCCCAAUGGGGAAAAUUGCUAAAAUUAGGUAAAUCCUCUUGUAUGGAGUUAUUUUGGAGUGACUUUGGUUAUUCCAACCUCAUCAUAUCAUCAUAUUAUAACUUAUACAUAAAAUUACACAUUUUUACUACAAAAGUGCUAUAAUCAAAUCUUAAUGGUAUUAUGCAACAGUAAUUGUAUUUGUUAUUUUUUUCAACAAUUAUAUACAGGACCUUUAGCUAAUUUGGUGGUGGUACCUUAAAGUGAAAUUUGGAUUUCUUGAUAAGAACCACUGAUUUUUCAUGGUUCACUUUUAAUAUGCAAUACGUUUUAAGCAAUAAUAUUUCAUAAUGAAUCAUAUUCAUAAACAUAUCACUUUUACUGGAGUAGACCUGCCACAAAUCUAGCAGUUUUUUGUAACUCCUACAUAAUUCUAGAGUAAUUUGGCAAUACAGUAUCAAAUCAUCCUUCACGUAGUCUACUCUUGUUGUUUGUCAAAAUCAAAAUAAAUUAAGUACAUAAAGCAUGAACAUUUCUAAAUGAAACCUCGCUAAAACAGUCCCAUUAAUAAAUGACACCAGUAAAUAAUUAAGAGUACAUAAUCAUAUUGAAGUAAUUAUUUUAAUGUAUGAUGAAUAUUAAUAUUUUUAAAAAAUUUGAAAUUUUGUUUGUCCUGUACUUUAUCAAACCAUUGAUGAAUUAUUUGACAUUAUUUAAAAGUAGAGUGAAAAUGGAGGAUAUUAAACCAAGAUUAAGAUUGUAAUAAAUGGUGUAAUAAACAUAUAUGUAAACUGUUUCAAUGUGGAAAAAAUCAUGUUGUUUAAAGAAAUCUGUUACUUUAAUUAAGUUAAAAAUAUAUAGUGAUCUAAACAUGUAGGUUUAAUUAAGUUUAAGUUAUUGAUUUAUUUAAAAAUAACUAAUGUUUUGGGAUAUUAGUGCUUCAAGCACAUUUUUAAUUGAUUAAACCUGUGAUAAACUAAACUAAACUUAUUACAGUAGACCACCUCUUAACAAUCCCUAGCGGGACCGGGACCUAAGUCGUGUAACUCAAAAGGUCGGUUAAAACUGGCAAUCCCUAAAAACUUAAAAAAAAUUAAAUGCUAAUAUUUGGAAUUAUAUUAUCAUUAUUCUGAAGUUGUGCGUGUAUUAUUUACAAAAUAAACUACGCUAACCUCCUUUUCUUCUUAAGGAUUGACGAUAAAAGACACAAAUAAACCCUACACAUGGUAAAGACAAGUACUUUCAGUGGAAUAAAUCAUAGUCCUAGGCAAGAAUCAAUAAAAAUUAAUACCUUUAGUAAUAUAAAGUGAUGUUUUCAAAAUAUAUGGUAAUACAGUAAGGAACUUAUUGUCGAAAUUAAAGAUAUGAGCAACCAUUUCGUUAAGAGACAAGAUGAUUAUUUACCAUAAAUACAAAAUAACAAAUUCUUAGCAACAUCCUGUCGAGUUUAGUGUAUUGUUCCCAUUACCAAGCGUGGGAGCGGAAAUUCUGAGAUUCCUAGAAAACAGUGGUUAAACCGUACUCUCAAAACAAGGUCGGUUAAAACAAACUGUAAUAUUUUACGGGUGAGGGGGGGUAAUCUUGCGAGGUCGCUUAAGAGGGGGUCUACUGUAAUAAUAAUAAUUAAGAUCAAAGUGUACAAUUAUCAGUCUUCCUUGGUAAUUAAUAUAAACUUUUAUUGUUUAUGGCCAUGUAGUCCUUAAUAGGGGAGGGGAGGGGCAAGUUGUAAAAGUCUAUUUAUUUGCUGUUGAUGAUUCACUAAAACCAUCGAUUUUGAAUACUUUUCUGUAGCAGACUUGCAGUCAAAGGUAAAACAAAGUCAAUAUUAAUUUUUUGAAUCAGGAAGAUUACAUUGUCAUUGACAAUAUUUAUUUUUACUCAUAAAAUAUCUUUACUCAAUCCAUGUUGUUUAAGUCUUUAAUUUUUUAUAGAUACUGAAAUUUAAAUAAAUUUACUGCAAAACUAAAAAUGAAAGAUGGUGCUUAUAAAAAGGUCAAUCAGUAAAUUAUUAUUACAAUAGCAUAAAAAAAAAAAACUCUUUAAAUCACAACAAUUUGUUACUAUGGACAUAAUGAUUCCUGUUAUCUUACUCAUACAUCCUCUACACCCUAAAUGCUAAACAAGCUUUUAUCACUGUAUUUAUAAUGCAACAUUAAAAGGUUAGUUUUUCAUAGUAAAAAUUAGCCUAAACACUCUGUGAUUUUUAUGGUGAAAGACUUCAAGCAAUUCCAAGCAAGAAAUAAUUAGUUUAAUGAAAGCACAUGACUUUGACACAACAAAUUGCUGAGAAAUUUUUUUUUUUGUACAGCAACUAAAAAAGUACCAAAAAAGUAGGUAUUUAAAAAUUUAAAAGGAAAUAGUUUGAAUAUAUUUACCAUUCAAACAUAAGCCGGAAUUUAAAAACACAACCUAGAAAACUAAAUUUUUAACAGGACAUUUUAUAUCACAGGUUUCCAUUUUACUUACAAAACAUUGUAAAUUACAGUAAAAUGUUUGUGUCAAAUGAAGUCUGUGGCUUAAAUUAUCGAUUCAUCUUAGAAUAGUAAACAGAAAUUAGAUAUAACAUUAGAAUUAGAGUAUAGAAAGAUUCAUUCAAUUUGCAAAAAUAAAGCCAGCAGUAGAAGAAUUUGGAAGAAACUAAAAUACAGCAUACAAAGUACUUACAGAUAUGAGUCGUGUUGAGCGAAAUGUUUUAGUGUUGGUUGAUAUCAGAGUUUGGGUGGAAGAUGGCAAUACGAGAUCUAAUGAACUAGUUGAUGAUAGGAGUAUUUUGAUAACUAAGAGUACAGGAUAACAUUUUGAUCUAUUCUGAUCAGCCUUAAACUGGGAAGUGGAGCGCGGAACGUCAAGUCCACUCUCUUCUUGUCUUGAAAAUGUGAUAGUUCUGUUUUCCUAGAUGCGGAGAGAAUCGCCAUUGUAAUCACUUUUCUGCUCCCACGCCCAGGGAAAUCUGGCUUUAUGAGGUGAAAAAACACGUGACACAACUUGUAUCAUAAGAAUACUGUUUAAAACGGCAUUAUGAAACACAGAGCAGGUUUGCAACACUUAAUUAGGAAAUAUCAACUUCUUAAACACAAUUGAAAUGUUUCACUCAAUCCGAUUCGCAACAUAGUUGUCACAUAGGUAGACCGAACGCACAUAGUGCCUAACCGCACGGAAAAGUAGUAAACUAUCAGACAUUGAAUAUUUUAAAAUAAAUAGUUUUAGAAAUAGAAUUACUCUAAGAACAAUCACGUGUCUAAAUGCACAAUCAUUUGUCAUUGUGGUUUUAUGCUUUUUUUAAGCACUGGUGGAGAAAAAUUCAGGGGUGAUUGUUUUGCGUUGUAUAGAUGCAGGCCUAUACAAUACGGUGUGAUAUAUUGUUGAUAUUAUGAUGUACCUUUGACAGUUAAGCUUCUACAAAGGCACUAACGGUUGUGCGUAAAAUCAUCUCUGUCUUUUUCCUCUCAGGUGGCAUCUUUGUCUUAAUGAUUUCAGGAAUACACAGAUGUUUUUGAGCAGUGAAAAAUAGUAUCCAUUGAGUCAAUUAUUAUGAUGUUUUGUAAAAUAUGGAUAGUAUUUUGUGAUGCUAAACAAGAAUUGAACACAAUAAAUAAAAGUUAUCAUGGGAUAAAUUUAACUUGUUGCAUAAUGCUUGUAAACUCUUCACUUAACGAUGUUACUGAUAAAAUUUAUAGGCCUAUUUAAAUAUUAAAAUAUUUUAAAUAAAAGUAGGGGUUAUAAUACAACUAACUUGUAAUGUUAGUUGCUUAGGCAAUUGCAUUAUCUAUAAAUUUUACUAAAUAUAUACACGGCACCUUGACAUUUUAUGUGUUUUGUGACCCCUUGAGGGAUACAUAAUCUAAAUUAAUGACAAUAAGUUUCGAGUGUAUACAUCCCUGAGGGGAAAAUAUUGAGAAUUUGACUAGUAUUUGUAUGGAAGGGUUGUUAACCGAGAUAAGUAUAUAGGCCCUACUAUAGUUUGGCCACUUAAAAAACGACCUGCGCGCUAAUGCUAAACCAAUGCUGGAGGAGGUCGCUUUCUAAGCGGCCGAACAAUACAUUAAAAAUUCAUACUUUUCAAAUUUUACAAAUCUUUGUAUUGUUAACAAUGUACUAUCUAAGGAUAAUAUUUAAAUACAUCAAAACCAACAAACAAUCAAAGAUUGUUCAGCAUUCAAUCCCUCCUAAAAACAAAUAUUUUGAUACUUUUAGGUUACUUUUAAUAUUACAGGAGCCAUCUUAAGUUUUAAAAAGUUAACUUUUUAAUAUUUCCAAAUUAAUUUAACAUAGCUGUCUAUUCUAACAAGAGAUUGGCUACCUGCACACCUUUCCAUGAGGUUCUUGACCCUUUUGGAUCAAAGUGGUUACUAAAACCCCAGAAGCUUAAUUUAUACUGGUAUAUAUAAAUUUUCAAAACGAAAAUGCCAGCAGUUCUUGUAAUAUUAAAAUGCAAAUCCAGAUUUUAAACUGUUGAAUUUUAAACAACAAGACAAUUAUUUGUUAAUAAUUGCAUUCUAGAGAAGAAUGGUAUCAGAGGAAAAACGGGGGCUGAAAUAAAAUCAUUAUAGUUUUUGAAGGCUGCUCUUAAAAAGAAUAAAUAAUUAUGUAUCCAUAAACUAGCGUUAGUAUACAGUAGUUGAAUUGAUCAACGGUUUAUACUUUUCCUCUUUUUAAUUGUAAACAAACACAAUGAAAAACUAAUUUAUUGAUACACCAUGCAAUUCUGCAUUGCUGAUACGCAGCACUAGAGUUUGUAAAAUUUUUUGCUAUAAUUUUGUGUUUUUAGCUUGAUGUUACAGCAAAUUUAAAAUAACAAAUAAAUAAGAAGUAGUAGAACCAAAGAUAAGAUAAUUUUUUUUAUCUAAAUAUAAAAUAACAUUAAUUUAAGCAUCAAAAUCAUCUAUUAGCCGUUUACUACCCAUUGGAUGACUCCAUCAGGAAUAAAGUUUAAGAUGGCUUCAUGCAGCAAAGAUUAGGAGGAAUGAUAUAACAGACCAAACUAAGAACAAAAUGUUCAAUGAAGAUGGCUGCCAGAACCAAACUAUCCCCUAAUUUACCAAUGAGUGAGUUGAGUUAGCCUUAUCUAUCUAGCAUUUUGUUAUUCUAUAAAGUGUGUCUUGUAUAUGUGAAUAGUUUAUUUUUUACUCUAUGUAACAAAAGAUAUAUUUUAUGCCACUGAUUUACUCUAUACAUAUCUAAGGCAUGAUGUUAAGUGAUGGUUUUUGUUAAGUUGAAAGUAUGUUGUGAUGAUUUUAGGAGUGCAGACAAAUUACGAGAUUGUUAAUUUUGACAGCAAGCUAAAACAAUUUGUAAUCUUUCACGGCCCUAUUUUCUUAUUUGUUGUAAACAAAUUAAGAAUUUAAAACCCUUCUCGGUUGGCAUAGUAUACACAUGCUCAAAGUAAAAAAAAAAUCUCAUGCUAUUUAGAUGGGAAUACAAAUAACAAAAAAUACAAAAUAAAACCCUGGAUGAAACAAAUAAGGGAGAGAGAACAUCAACAUUGAAGUAAAACUUGAGUAAAUUGUCUUGAAAAUGACUUUUUUACCCAAUCAAGAUAAGAAACAUCCAUCUUACAAUGAAUUUAUUUUGAACAGUGUUGUGAAUCAGUUGUUUUAAGACUGAUUGUACGAAUAAUAUAAUAGGUUAAAUACCUGUUGUCCGUCUUUAGUCCUUAAAUAUAGUCUAAGAAUGACUAGUUUUUGGGUCACAGACCCUUUUUAAAAUCCACAUCAAACUAGUUGGUCUAUGAAUCCGACAGAAGUCUUUGUCAAUACAUAAAUACACGUCGACUCAUAAAGUUCACAGUUAUACACAAAAACAUUUAAUAACAGUAGGUUGGCAACAUUUAAACGUGGGGCAAAGCAACACAGGUUGCCUAAAGUUCCAUGUAUUGAGUUCCACCGUGUCCCCCAUUAAAAAAUCCAAAUUGAAAAUGGGUCCUUGACCUGAAGCUAGUCAUCCUUAAGUGCAUACUUAAGACUAUAUUUAAAGACUGAAGGACAAAAGGUACGUAACCUUAUAUUAUUUUAUUUAAGUCAAUCUCAAUAAUUUACAAAACCCGACCUCUAUUUGUAGUUAAUAAAUUUAAAACUGUCUGUCAUUUAAGUUUUAAAGUUUACUUAUGCCUUUGCUGAGGAGGGUGGUAUGGUAUUAAUUUGUUUAUUAAAAAAAAAUGUAUAACAUAAUUGAUUAGAGCUUCCUACACUACAAAAAAAAACUGUCCUAGAACUACAUGCUAAAUCGUAGGAUUAAAAAAAAUGUGUUGAUUUGGUAAACAGCAAAUGUUAUAGUACAAGUUAUUUUAUUUAACAGAUAAAACUUACGGUGUUUUCACCUUAAGAUGUGAUAUACCGAUGUAUUUUUAGGAAAUGUGUUGUGAAGAAGGUUGUAUUUUUUUGGAGAGGAUCAAUAUAUUUUACGAGGAAGAGCUACUUAUUCAACAGCUUGAAGCACAUGUACUUACAAAAAUAUAUAUAAAUAAACAAAAUGAAACGUAUUAUGAGACAA